AUGUCACCUGUACGGGCACCAGUGAACCUGCCAGGUCUGGUAAAAACGGCAUUCGCCAAGGCAAAAGCAAGCGGCGAUCUCACAUACUACCCCACACAGGUCGCACUGCUGGAUGUGAACUCAAUCCACUUCCAACUCCGGUUCUCGCCCUCCCUGGCUUCCAAGCCGAAAGGCCCCCCGCCGAAAGACACCGAGGCGGACGCGAAGAGGCACUUUAACCCCUUCGAGAACCCGCUCCCGUCCAUGACCAUCGCCCAACUGCCGCCCUCGCACGCCCUCGUCCUCAACAAGUUUGCCAUCGUCCCCGAGCACUUCAUCCUGAUCACCAAGACCCCAAAGCCGCAGACCCACGUGCUGGAGCGGGAUGACGUCGCCGCCGCGCACGCGUGCGUGCGAGCGUACUGGGAGGAAGGACAGGAGCUCUUUGUGUUCUUCAACUCGGGCGAGCACUCGGGCGCCAGCCAGCCGCAUAGACAUCUGCAGCUGCUGCCCGUGGAGCAGAUGAGGCAUGGGCUCGACGAGCAGAUUAAUGGCGACGGGUCACAAUGGAACGUGCUUGUGGAGUCGGCGCGGGGGCAGCAGCAGCGUGGAAAUCUGCCGUUCACCGUCCUGAGCGAGACCAUCUCUCCGGAUAUCGGUCCCAUUGAGCUCCACGAGAAGUAUGUGAGCUUGUAUCAGAGAGCGGCGGAACUGGUGCUCCCGAAUCAGGAGGUUGCCGGCGAGGGCGAGGCCAGGUUUAGCUACAACAUGGCCAUGACGAGCAAUGUCAUUGCGCUGUGUCCUCGUCUGGCUGAAGGUGCUGCAAUCAAGAACCAGGAUGGCGGUGAAAUCGGUCAUAUAGCCUUGAAUGGCACAUUGCUGGCCGGCACUGCACUGGUGAAGACUCAAGAACAAUACGAUGUGCUCCGGGGGAAUCCGAACUUGCUUUUUGGUAUCCUUAAGCAGAUUGGUGUGCUACCUAAAAAGGUGGUUUCUGGUAGCCUGUAG